UAAUAAAGAAGUUAAGUAAGUAUUUCCUUUUUACCUUAAAAUGAUAAAAAUUAAAUACAUUUUUAUGGCUUUAAGUGUCCUUAGUAAGUAGCGUUGAUGGAGUUCACAGGUUUAGGACUAAGAAAUCAAAAACUUCCUUUUUUGAAAAGGUGCCGCCGUUUCGACCUUUAUCUACGUCUUUUUUAAGGCUAUUUACUGUGAAAAAGCUUUUUUGUCGAUUGUAUAUAUACUAAUGACAACAGAACAAUAUUAUGUGGAUGGGCAUGGGCACAAGUAAAUAACCUUUUGCUUUUACUUACUAGCAAAAGCUAGAUAUUUUAAGUAGUUACUUAAAGUUCUUAUUUGGUAAAUCAUUCAAAGAAAAAUGUUUUUAUUCUGAUAAGGCCUAUAUUUAUAUUUUUGUGACUAAUCAGUCGGCCGUAAAAUUCUGUGAAACUGCAGGCGCAGACCUGUCGAUUUUUAACUGCCGAUGUGCAAACCGACAAAGGCAAAUAUCGAGAACAUUUUUAUAAAUUUUUUAAACCAGUAUCAUUUCCGAGUGCUAAGUGUUUACGUUCAAAAUGAGUAGUGAUUCAGAAAAUUCUACAAGUGAUUUUUUGAAGUUCCUGUAAAAAUUUCGUCCAACCUGAAAUUGAUGGAAAUUUUAGAAAGCUAUAAUAUUAUAUUUAAUAAAUCGCAAGUUCCUAAAAUAAAAGAGCAAAAAGAACAAGCAUACAAAGAAAUCCACCAAAAAUAUAUUUUGCAAAUUGGAAGGGAUUUAACUGAAAAACAACUUAAAAAGAAAAUCCAAAAUAUGAAGAUCGAGUUGAAGAAAAAGACGGACAAAACUGCAACGGGAAAGAGGAAAAUUGUUUUAAACGCGUGGGAAAAACAACUUUUGGCGCUAAUGGAAGGACAAGAAAACCCUGUUUUUCAAAAAGUACCAGGAGCAAUAUCUGUGGAACAACCUCAGCCAUCAACGUCCAAAACUGAAGAAUUUAUUCCACCUCCACCUCGUGUUCGGCGUUUACCUGAUAAGUCUCCAGUUACUAAAAAAUCCAAAUUUAAGGAAACAGACGAAACCUCAAAUUUGUCCAAUACUGAGUGGUAUUGUUGGAACAGCUGGAACUAA